AUGGCGUCUCAAAAACAUGUCGCGGAUGUCCCGCGCAAUAUCAUUCCCCGCCUGAGUUGGAACAGCUCCUCUUCGCGUCCAUCCGUCACCAUCACCCACUAUCCCGCGCUUGCAACAAGUCAAAGACGAUCACCUCCCCAAUGCUGGAGUCCUUCAAAGCGACAGUUCCAUUCUUUAAGCCCACAUUUCCAGUUCUCCCAGCCCAUUUCCUCCUCGCCCCGGGAUGCUAUCUCCGGGUUUCUUGUUUCCCGAGGAACCUCUAUCACCACGCCAGCAACGUCAAACACAAACUCCCGCGGCAAUCCAAUCCGACACAAUGGCGUCUACGUGGCUACCUACUAUUCCGCUCGUCGCGCCUUUCAUGCGACGCCAGCCCGGCCUCGAGAUCAUCACUUUGAUACCUUGAAAUUCGUGAAGCGCCUACAAGCGGAGGGCUUCAGCGAGGAGCAGUCCGUAGCAAUGAUGCGGGUUUUGAACGAUAUCAUUCAAGAGUCAAUUCAAAAUCUGACCAGGACCAUGGUCCUCCGAGAAGACUCGACUGAGGCACAAUUGACUCGCUCAUCACACGAGAAGAUCGCGGCAGACCUCGCCAAACUCAAUUCACGACUCCGAGAUGAGAUUGGACGAACCCAAGCCUCGGUCCGGUUGGAUCUAAACCUUGAGAAGGGUCGGAUUCGUGAGGAGGCUAAUGGCCAAGAAAUGCGUAUCAAAGAGACUGAAACACGAAUUGAGCAGGAGGUUGCUGGAUUAAGGGAACGAGUAGAAGCUGUUAAGUUCUCGACAUUGCAGUGGCUUAUGGGUGUCUGUACUGGUACCGCAGCCCUUAUUCUUGGUGCCUGGCGCUUGUUUAUGUGA